GCUGGCCCACAGGAGCAACGGCGCGGAGCUGCUGUCCCAGUGCCUGGCGGCGUUCUUCGGUGAGCUGCUGGCAAUCAUCAGCGACUACCGUGGGGACGUCAUCAAAUUCAGCGGUGACUGCCUCACUUCCAUUUCCCGGACUUCGACGACACCAAGUGCAGUGCAUAUCCAAAGAACGAGGGGAGAGAUCCCACCGCACGGCUCGUACGGUCAUCCAGACUUGGGGCCGAUGGCCACGGCGGUGCUGAGGGCAUCCGCCUGCUGCUUGGAGAUCCACAAGCGCUUCCACAACUACGACACGAGGGCCCUGCGGCAGGUCUCCUGGGCCCUGCGGCUGGCCAAGACGGGUCAGACGUGCCUGAGCCCCGAGGCCUGGCGCCACGUGGGCGGCUUCGCCGUGGAGGGGCCCGAGAUCCUGGAGAGCCCCUCGUUUCACCUGCUCGAGGGCCUGCACGCCGCCAAGAUGUUCGACUGCCGGCGAGAUUACCAGUUCCAGCGCAGGGAGCUUCGCGUGAUCCGGCGUUUCAUCCCGUCCACCGUGUUCAAGCAGAUCGAGUCCGACACGCUGGCGUACGUCAACGAGAUGCGCAACGUCUCGACCUGCUUCGUCCACGUCGCGGUCGCGGAUCUAAUGACCGAUGAGGGGCCCAAGCUGGCCCAGGACCUCACUUCUCUGGUGCAGACGUGCUGCUACCAGCACGAGGGAACCUUCAACAAGUUCCUCGCGGACGAGAGGGGCCUCAAGUUUCUCCUGGUGUUCGGCCUGCCCCCGCUGGUGCACACCGACGAUCCCACCCGCGCUGUGCUGGCCUGCUUCGACAUGGCAAAGGAGUUCCAGAACCUCAGGUUGGACGCCAAGUUCGGCAUCACCACUGGCCGCAGCUUCUGCGGGCUCUACGGCAGCACCAGCAGGAUGGAGUACACCGUCGUCGGGGAGCGUGUCAACCUGGCCAACCGCCUCAUGAUCCACGCGUCGCCAGGGAUGAUCCUGUGCGACGAGGAGACGAAGGAGCAUGCCACCACGGAGAUUAUCUGGUACGCCCUGGCGGCCAUCAAUGUCAAGGGGAAGGAUGCGGCUGUGAAAAUCUUCUCUCCAGAGAAGAAGCCCCAGGCGGAGUACAUUGGGCUGCACGAGAACACCAUCCACUUCCCGUGGUACGACAACCCUUUUGGCGGCAUCUCUCUGUCCGCAAAGUGCGACGCGUCCACCUUCCACACGAACAUGCUGCAGCUCUGCAGCGUGAAGACGUGGGACGGCAUCCAGCAGGUGCAGAAACUGCUCGGCGGCCAGUUCAACAAGGCGCUCUACCUAAGCGACCGCGACCGCCACACACUCCAUGACUCCUCGAAGGCGGAGCCGUCGCUGAAGUCGAUGAAGACAAGCGCCUCGAUGAUGGGGCCUCCAGAGAACAGCCCCUUCAGACAUGGCGGCGUCGUGGUCAUCGCGGGCGAUACCGGCACGGGGAAGAUCGAGCUCGCCGAGCACAUCGUUGCUCAAUCGUUGAUGCGCUUUCGGAUGCUGCCUGUCUUCGCCACCAUGGGCCCCAGGCCGUGCGGCGGCAAUCGAGCGGUCUCGGAGCUGCUAAGGAGCAUCCUUGGAGUCUUUCGCCACCUCGACCCCUCUGUGCCGUCGGACGAUGCCCAGGCGCUCGCGCGGGUGAUCCCCGAGUCGGAGGCGCACAACCUUCCGAGGCUGCAGAGGGCGGUCUGCGAGAGCUCCUGCGCGGACAUGCCCGGCUUCAGCGAGGCCGAGCUCGGCUCCGCCUGCGAGCUGCUGUCGGCCCUCGGCGACCAGACGUCGAUCCUGAUCGUGAUGCAGUUCGAGCACGGCACGAGCCGCUUCCCGUGGGCGCUCAGGGAGGACCUGGGCAACUUCUGGAAGAUGGUGGACACGCUGACCGCGAAGCAGACAGGCAAGGAGCCGAUCUGUAUGCUGCUCCUCGUCAAGGACGUCGUCGCGGAGAGCCCGGCGGUGCAGGACGCGUACCUGAACCUGGCCCUCGUCGGCCUCGACGAGGAGAGCCUCGCGCAGUACGUGAGCAUCUACCUGGGCGUCCCCCUGGAGGCGGUGGACCCGGAGCUCCAGAAGCUCGUGUCCAGGGUGACCCAGGGCAACCCGCUGCACAUCCGGGAGAUGAUCUCCGAGCUGCAGCGCACGCACCUGACCUUUACUGAGGGGCCCAACAAGCAGACUGUCCGGGUCGAGUGCAUCGACCCGGACAAGAUCGAUAUCUCCUCCUGGCAGCACACCGCCAUGGUGUCGGGCACCGUCUGCCAGCUCGAAGGGCUGGACCCGCGGGAGGCUGCGGUGGUCAAGAUGGGCGUGUGCUUCAAGGGCACCUUCACACUGACCGACCUCGCGGCCAGAAUGUGCUCGCGCUAUGCUGGCUCCACGCGGCUUGACCAGCUGCUGCUGUACAGCAAGAUGCGCGAGCUGGAGAAGCGAAAGUUCAUCGAGCGCGUUACGGAGACCCGCCCGACGUGGGUCUCGCGGCACUCCUCGCAGCUGGACGCCUCGAAGCGGAUGUCGCAACUCAGCGGCCCCAGCUUUGCUGCCGCCAGGCGGACGGCCCCGUGCUUCAGGAUGACCAGCAAGCUCAUCAGCUCCGUCGGGGGAUCCAUGGUGCUGGAGGCGCAGAAGAAGGCGGUCAAGCGGCAGGCCCUGAUCGAGCGUGUCCUGCAGGAGCGGCAGGGGUCCCUGAUCUGCGACGCUGGCGCGCACAGGACGGGGGCGCACAUCCCGUGGUACUACGAGCAGGCCUUCCUGCGGAUGCGGGAUGUCCAGGCGCAGGGCGAGCUGUCGGAAGGGGGCUGGCAGCCUCUGGGUACCGAUGGCACCGGCGGGUCGGGGCCCGAGGCAGACGGCCAGCCGCAGAGGCAGUGCUGCUCCAUGUGA